CUACAAUUCUUACUUAGUAGUAUCAGCUAGCGUCUCAACGUAACAUGGAACCGCGAGACGGGCCCUUCGGGUGACGAGUCGCUGUGACCGCAGUCUUGGCGGCCGCUUUUUUCUGCGCCUUCAGGUUCCGUUCCUCUGUCUUCAGCUGAACGGCCUUCCUUCCUUCGUCUCUUCUCCCGCUUCGUCUGCUUGCGUUUGUCAACUGUGGUGUGUCCGUCGCUGGCCCGUUUCUCGUCGCUCGUUCAUCUCCCCUUGGGCCGUCAUUUCGAUCCGAGCGCCUGCGUGUUCUUUCAAUUCAGCCGAACGAGACGAAUUCCUGCCCUCAUCGCGAGCCGCAUUCACCCGUUGAUUCGCGAUAUCGAUGCGAUAGCGAGAUAUUUCGGAGCCGCCACUUGUUCCCCUUUGUCUGAGACUGCGGCACGUGUCUAGCCCCGGGCCGUGUCUUGCGGCUUCCUCGCCAUAGCGACUGGCGACUUCGUCGCCCGCCGAUCCUACCGCGCGAACCUACAGAACACCGCAAUGGUCCGUUCAAAAACAGUAGCAGGCCUCUUGUUGGCCCUGUCAGCCCUCGCCAGUGCGUCCUCCAAGCGCGGCCUCUGUUUCACGCCCAACGACAAGCACCCAGAGGACAACAAGGUCUGGGUACAGUCCAGCAGCGACCUCAAGUGGUACUACAACUACGGCAGCCUGCCGUCACCGGCCUACUCGUCCCUCUCCCAGGAUGAGUUCGAGUUCAUUCCCAUGAUGUGGGGCGUCGGCUCCAACCCCAACGACACGACCUUCCUCGACUCGGUGAAGAAGCUCAUCGAAGACGGCACCAAGAUCAAGCACGUCCUGGGCUUCAACGAGCCCGACAUUGGCGACCGGGGCGGGAGCGGCGUUAAGCCCGAGAUCGCGGCCCAGGCGUGGGUUGCUAAUUUUGAGCCCCUGGGCAAGAUGGGCGUCAAGCUGGGCCUGCCCGCCUGCACCGGCGGCUGGGGCGGCCUCCCCUGGCUGAAGCAGUUUCUCGGCAACUGCUCCGAGCUGGUCAGCACGGGCAAGGACAAGAAGAACUGCACGUGGGACUUUGUCCCCGUGCACUGGUACGACAACUUUGGCGGCCUCGCCUCGCACAUUGGCGAGCGGCGCGCGACGUGGCCAGACAAGGACAUCUGGGUGACCGAGUACGCGUACGCGCACCAGGACCUGGGCGCGACGCAGGAAUUCUACAAUCAGACCGUUGACUAUUUCGAGAAGCUCGACUACAUCGGCCGAUAUUCGUACUUUGGGGCCUUCCGCGCGAACAAGGCCAACGUCGGACCCAACGCCGCCUUCCUCAACAACGUGGGCAAGCUGACGGACAUUGGCUCCUGGUACCUGGGAUUUGGCGCCACGGGUGUGAAGCCAGAGAGCGGGAGGGGAUCCUUGGUGGUGCCGAGCGUGGCACUCGUGGGCGCCGGUCUGUUGGCGGGCCUUGCCUCCAACGUACUGUAGAGAGUCACGGCGCCCGACG